AUGGUGGAGAUGCUUGGCCCUCUUCCUGCUCGCCCACCGACACCUCCGAGACCAGGUUCACGGAUUGAUGAGAGCGAAACCGAUACCCCCGAUCGACACCCUACAGCGACACCACAAACCGCCAAUUCCUCUAGAGUCCUCCCAUCCAGUCGCGCGUCCAAGCAAGUCGGAUGGUCGCCAUACCUAUGUACUACCGUCGAGCUUCCGGACCCGAUGAAACCAUUGCCCAGAGAUAGCCCGUUCAUGCAAAAAGACCCCAAACCCUGGGCGAGUCCUUUCAAAUCCAUCCUGAAGGAGUGCAAUGCAUCGAUUCCUGUGUUAGCUUCAUACGACGAUCCGGCUUCCGAAACGGGGUCCCUUGCGAUGCUUCUCGAAUCUGUCGUUCAGCAACUGGGGGGAGAAAACAUCCCCUCCAGACGCGAUGCAUAUAUGCAGCUCUUCAAUGCUCUCCGCACGUACGAUCAAUUGCCGUCAACGAAGGAUAUUGCCGAAAAAUUAGGUGCUAUAACUGGCUUCAUCCAACGCGAUGUCAGUCGAACUCUGGCAAACGGCGCACCGCUGGAUACCAAUCUUGCCAACCAGGCCUUGAAAUUGACUGCGGCCUUCGUUUGGAACUCGGAAGUCAUUCCUCUGUUGUCGGAUGAGUUUAAAGUUUUCCUGUUGGACCACGCGACCACCUGCUUCCAGGAAGCCAAAGCCCCAAAAUCAGUUUUAACACACUAUAUGUCCAUAUUGUCUGCACAAAAUUUCGGCCCGCGAAUCAUGACCAACGCCCGCGUCACGCGCCUCCUUACAGCACUACAAGAUAUCACAAAACACGUUACAGGCAAAGCGAUAGCUCUCCAUCGAUUGACGAUAUAUCAACGCCUCCUUUCCCAGUCCAAAUCAGUAUUCAUAUCUCAAUCCCCACUCUGGGCAGAGCAUCUGGUAUUUGGCCUUCUCAAUCAGAUGAAAGACAGCCGAGUAAAGGCAAUUGGCCUCGGUUUUCAAGUUGCUGCAGCUGCGGGCCCAAACAACACGCUGUCUAAUACUUUACGGGACCUUUUUGCUCGACCACUGGAAAAUAAUAGGAAGCUCAUUACAGAGAUUAGAGAUCGAAUGACCCGGAUGAUGGCGAAUCCCGAAAGUGGAGUUCAUAUUCCACAGAUUUGGAGUGUCAUAAUUCUACUCUUAAGAUGUAAGAACUGGAAUCUUGAGCAUUGGGAACAUUUCAAAGAAUGGGUGCUUGUUCUUCAAAAAUGUUUCAACUGCAGCGACCCAUCCAUCAAAGCCCAGGCUAUUGUGGGUUGGAACAGAUUCAUUUUCGCCGUUCAUCCAAAUGAAUCAACAAGUCGAUCCCUGCUUAAGAUGUUGGGCAAGCCGAUUCUCUCCCAAUUUGAGCGGCGAAAGUCCGAUAAAUCUGGUUCAGUGCCUCCGCCGUUAGCUUUGAGCAGCUAUUACAACUUUCUUUACUACACUUUCCGGCCUUCAUUGCCUCACAGUCAUUUGGAUGUCAUCUGGGAAGAGUACAUUGGCACACCUACUGCGUCAACCUUCUCAUCCGCCCCAGCCCUCAGCGACGUUCAAGCACACAUGCUAUCAAAUCUUCUCUGGAACCCGCAGGUCAAAGUGUGGUCAGAAGAUCGUAUCAAUGACAAUAACAAAAUCGAAGCCGAAGACCUUGCCCCGAUUGACUCAAAAUGGAUCCGCUCAAGAGUGAACACGGUCCUGAAAGCAUUCGAGCCCAUGCUCAAGUCAUCGGUCUGGGAUACAAACGAAUUUGAAAAGUCGAACAUUGCUCGUGCUUGGGACAGCCUUUCCAGUGCACUGUCUUUGGCUUCAAGCAAAGAAAUCACCCCUUCUACGGAGUCGAUGCAAGCUGUUGCUAGUGUCCUUGCGCUAUUACAUCGCCUAUGGAACGAAGGUCCGCCUUCUUUGAACGUUCCAAUUGAAGCAGGAGCAGAUGAUUUCUUCGAGCGCUUUAGGUUUUUAUCGACGACGAUGAUAUCCUCCCUUGGCAGCAUCCCCUUCACUGAAAGAGUUCUACUAAAGGCUUCGGAUGGUACGUUCCACAGCUCCCACACACCAACACAUCACAAAUCCGCCUCCGGGACAAAUCUUUAUAGCCCAAUCCUGCAUCUUUUGCGAGCCGUCAGUGCUCCUUCCGUCUCAAUUACGCCGACUUUAUCAUACGUUCGUCUCGUCGAAGGAAUCAUUCAAGCGGCCUGCAAUGGUAGGAUCUCGCGUGGAUCUCGCCUCGAGCUUCUUCAACAAUGCGCGGACUUGCACACAGCAGAGCCAACGUCUGCCGAUUCCCCAUCUUCGCCACUUCUAGAAGUGACUUGGAAGGCCAGUGCCCGGGCAGCUGCAGACGCCUUACAGUCCUUCCCAGUGGAAUCUGCUCGAGAACGGGAUGGGUCGGUCUCUCGCGACUAUGACAAUGUCACAAAAAUUCUGGCUGCUGGUAUUAAGCUACAUGAUGUGUUUCAAGAAUGGUCACAUCUGCUGAGCUCUUUCGUGCGAGUGGCAAGAACUGAGAGAGGAGACCAAGCACUGCCCAGUCUCAUCAUAGAGCCUUUGGCUGAAUGUCUCAUGAAUCUACCUGCCCAAGACACUUAUCUACCGUCAGCGUCCCUACUGAGCCAGUCUCUGUCAAUUCCCUUCUUGCAGAGCAAUGAAGUGGGGAAGGCACAUACAGUUGUGCAACAAAUGGGCCCUCCGCCAUUCCCCACGAAAUUCAUAAAAUCAAUUGGCAGAACUCUGCGACUGGCAUAUGAUGGCUUUAGUGGCUCGCAGUCCCAGGGCUUCGCAGGAUUUAUCGAAUCCUUGACUUCCUUCCUAGGGUCGGGUGCGCCCCAUUUCCGCUCACGGCUCCUCGAAACCCUACAAUCGGCUUUAGGGCCAUGGAUUAAGGAUGAGAAGUCGAAACUUGAGGUUAACAACGGUGUAGACAGCAGAAUUCUAACUGCGUGCCGUGCUUUGACGUUCGCUAUUGUUAAUGUUCUACAAACCUCUGUUAACGACGAUUUAACCUCGUUGCGGAUGUUUGAUGAGAUCAUUUGUGCUGGUUUAGAUUCUUCUCAUGCAUCGCGGGCCAAGAAAUUUGUUGAUUUCUGGUACUCCACAUCCUCCAACGCCAAUAAAGCGUCUUCUAAGACAUCCAUCGGCGUGUCUCUUGAGGCUGCCGUGGAGCGACUCACGGUAACAGCGAAACCCGAAAUGGAAGCACAGAGUACAUUGGUUUCAUAUUUACCUUCACAACGACCGAUUAUCGACCCAUCGAUGCGACCGCAAAGCGAGAGCUAUCUUCAUCUCAACUCGUCGCCCGUGAUUGGCUUCCAUGAACCACCGGCUGAGGAGACUUCAGAGCCCCUGGAAGAACCACAAUUACCGACGAAUGCUGCAUCAUACAUCGAUGGAAACCAUGCUUCCCUCUCUUUCCCCGGUAAUCGACGAGAGGUUUUCCAAAUGAUUGAUUCUAUUAGGUCCUCGUCUCCUGCGAAUACGCCUGGAAGAUUGGGAUUUGAAACCCCUGUACACUUACGAGGACUCCGCGCAUCGCAAUCGGUCUCGGGAAUUCCUUUGACUCCGACACUUGCUCCCACGGAAAAUGAAGAAGCUUUUAUUGGCUCCUCUCCAACUCCUGCCACUCGAGAUCCGACCCCUGCAUUGAAAUCGGAUAUGCCUGUGUUAAGACACCAGGAUAUUGUCAUGGAUGAUGCAUCUGAUAUUCCAUCGUCCCCGCCUGAAAUCACUGCCAGGAGUCCCAGCCCAAGGAAAAAUAACAAAAACCGCAACAGAAACGCGCGACGAAGAUCCCAAAAAGGUAAAAAAGCGCUUGAAAUGAAGUUGCUUGAAGAACAAAGCGCACCCAGCGGUCCUGUUAUACCUGUGGUAAACGAUGUUCCGGAGUCAUCCAACGCCGAUGUUCCUGGAGAAACCAAAGAGAAUGAAGUCACCAUACAGGCCGAUGAAAGGCCCCCAAGUAGACGAACUCGAUCUGCAUUGAGCCAAAACACGGGAAAUGAUCAGAACUCGUUCACACCGACACCACUGGGAACCCCCGUCAAGCCAGCGGUAGCUUCUCCUGCUCAGACCUCUACAUCAAAGUCUGCACCCCGAAGGAAAAAGUCAAGGACUCCAUCAAAGUUCGUUCAGAGUGAAAAUCAGCAGAAACAAUCACAAUUCACUAAGGCAAAGGAGACUGGACCUCUACCACCUGUCAAUGAUUAUGCGGACUCUUCGAGUGAUGACUUGCAAAUUGCAUCUCAGCUUUCUCAAGAUUUAGGAUUGGCAGUGGAUCAGGGCAGUCCCUCCCUUGAGAGACAGCCCACUGAGGAACCUGCCUCCCCACGGGCGAUUAACACAAAGAAGAGGAAGCGUAGUGAAGAUGACAUUCCUCCAACGUCUGCAAAAGAAAGACGUCGAUCCCACAGAUUGUUGACCAAACCAAUCGAUUCGAUAGAUCGAGCUAGCCCCGAUACUACGCAGUCACAGCAGGAACCAGAUGACAACGAGGCUUCUCAAAGUUAUUCUCCUGAAAAGGCUCCAUUCGCGGCGGUUGCUCCUCUUGUGAUCGAUUUGCUUGAUUCACCUGAGCGAACAACUCGUCGAUCGACCCGCAAUUCCCAAAACAAACAGGGAAGUGGUGUGUCCCAGCAAAGCUCCCCUACCAAGCUUUCUAAGUCCACACCGAAGUCUACACCGAAGCAAGCAGAACAUUCAGAAUUGUCUCCAUCGUUGUCUCGGCGUCAUCGUAGCUUCAUGCGUGGGGAGGGUGGCAAAUUUACUAGUACCCGCAAUACGCCUCGUUCUCAGUCUACUCGCGAUGGUCAUUCCAAUGCGACUCAGACGUCUGAAAGUCAAACCGACACAAAAACCUCGCUUCGAACUGAACCUGAACAGCUAGAAGCUCAAGGACCAUUCGAGAACGACAUUCCUGGUGGCACACUAAACAACGACUCCCUCAUUUCUGAAAUUCCUCUGGUCUCUACUGAGGAAGCCACGGAUUCUCAGGUGACUGACGUUCCCCGCGUGGCAAACCCCUCCCACGAUGAUACCGUCAUGCAAAUGGAUGUGAACACAGAAGUUAUACCAAGCAAUGACCAAGACAAGCCAGCUGAGCAUGUCGUAACUACGGCCACGGCGGGAAUUCAAACUGAUUCAAUCCCGACAUCCAAACUUGACAUCAGCGAUACAACAAUCACUGCAUCGCUGAAGAAACUUUUGAAUGAUAUGAAACAAACUACCCUGAGCCCAGAUGCUCUCCGCGAAAUCGACGAUCUUCUGUUCAAUAUUCGAGUCGAGGCGCAUGAUGCGUCACGGCGACUCGACAAAACCGCAUAG